AUGAGCUACGGCUCCUACACCGGGGAAUUCGACGGAUCGGACGACCUGUGGGUCCGGCCCUCGGGGGGCCUGGUCCUCGCGCCUCGCCUCACCCUCGACACCCACUUCGCCGAGCGGCAGCGGGAGAUGCGGCUCGUGAGGAUGAUGCUCGACUUUGACGACUUCGACCGGUGGGGCGUCGGGGUGGACGAGAACACGGCGCUGGUCGUUCAGGGCGACGUCGGCGAGGUGGUAGGAGAAAACGGGGUCUACUUCCUGGACCUGAGCUCGGUGGUGUUCAGCUCCGACCCGGCGGCCGACAUCUCCGGGCUGCGACUCACGUACCUCACGCACGGAGACAAGUUCCAUUUCGGAAGCGGCAAGUUUCUUUCCCGAAAUCCUUUCGUUCGGCAGGAGAAAUUCGACCGAGAAUACUUUUCGAUGAGCAGCGGCGACGACAUUUUCGGCGGGAAGCCCAACACGCCGGCAGGAGAAUUUCGAUACACCGCCACGACCCUCUUCGACUCCAGACAAUCGGAUUCGAGCAGCUUGUCGAGCGAGAGAAACCCCGAGUUCCGCGUGGACAUGGUGAAAGAUGCGAGCAGCGUCGGGUACGGCGGUUACAUGGGAGACCGAUUCCUCAUCUCCUUCGUCGACCUUCUGGUGGAUGUUUAUGUCAACUCUUUGGAAUAAACUGGAAUCGAGAAGAGAUCAUGCUGGAGACAUGGUCUUUGGUGGCCUUCA